AUGUCUGCGCCGCGUGGCUGGGACAGCCACAUAUGGACUGACCAGACUACCAUGCGCCUGAUGCGCGCUAACCAGCAACAAAUCGAGAUCAGAUCGAACGAGCGCAUGCCCUUGUCGCUAGGAGUCCCGCAUGCAGUUCUUCACUUCUACUGCCCGCAGACUCCUGCUCUCAUUGGCCAACCUGUCAUUCUCGAAACCAGUCGUGCAGUCCUGCAGCUAUUUUUUUACUGGCUGUACAGAGGAACGGUCGACACGACUAACUGGCAUGAUGUGACCGAGCUUUACUUCUUGGGACAUGCGCUCAAGUCGAUUGCGUUGAUGCGCUCUGCCAUCACCGAGAUGCAAAAGAUCUGCAGAGAUGACGCGAAUGAUGACACUGAACUCUUCCACUAUGGCCACAUCAGUGUCAUCGACGACAUGGUCAGCACCUCCUCAGGCUUAUUCCAUUACAUUGAAGACACCUACUUCAACCAUUGGCGCCCUUCAGACGACGAAGAUGUAAAUGACAACCCUCGCGAGCAUCAGAAGACCAAUCUCUUCUUCAAGAAGCUAUUCGAGCGCUCAUUCAAGGAACAGAGGGAAGGUGCCAAUUGCUCUUGUUGCCACGACUAUUGCAAGUACCAUGACCACGAAAGUGAAGCUGAACGUCUAGCAACAUGCGGUCGUGACACUGCUCUUGCAUCGACAAGCAAGCACCAAGAGAGCACCACGCCUAUCUCGAAGCCGGCCCAAGCACAGCGCAGAGCUCGCAAGAGCAGAUCCAGCGGCCAUGGAUUGAUUGCGAACCAAGACUUCAGCUCGAUGGACGAGGACGACCUUCCGCUGCGUGUAGUGAGAGCUUCAGCUCCGCGUGCUGGCACGCCGAAGAGGAACAAGCCCUCAGCUGAAACAUGGCUCAAGGUCAGAAGCCACGCACCAGUCGAUUAUCCAGCCGACUAUCACGCUAAAUUGACCUCGCUACCUCUUGUCAACGCCAUCAAAGUCCGAAACUGGCUGGAGACUGGUCUGGAAGCGGAAGGUGUUCAGCAACUUCAAGAGCCGGAUCGAGUCAUUGCGGCUGCCAUGAGCUGGACUGCUGAGGAGUACGCCCAGACCAAGUGUAUCUUCUUCGAACAAUAUGCGACCGCGAUGCAGCCCGGCAUGCAGAGACACACCAUGGAGCACUGGCGCAAUACUUUGAAGUUCGGAGGAAAUAAGCCGAAAGAAAGAGCAGAAAGGCUGUUGGCCAUGUGGGAGUCCUUGGGCUGGUUGAGAGAGCAACACUACAACAGCACCGAUGCUAGCCAAGACCCGCGCACUCCGAUGAACGCCACUCACCAUGACGAAGACUUGCUCAUGACAGACUUGUCGCACAACGCAGGCUCGUUCAUAAACACUUGGUCGGAAGAGGAGAUAGAAGCCAUGAUCGAAAUCAUGGAAGGCAUUAGCGCAGACUCGUCUCUCGCGAAGCUUGACUUCCGUCAUCAAACUGCGAUAGCCAGCGAGCGACUGAAGGCUCAGCAUGAGUAUGAACGAACCCCAAAAGCUAUAAAUCACCAAUGGCACAGACAACAGUCGAGACGUGGAGCGGCUAGGAAAGCCCGCUCUUGGACAGAACGCGAGGACAAAGCUUUGAUCGACAUCCUGGGCGGUCUUGAGCAUACUGAAGUUGCGAAGACGAAAAAGCGCUUCGAUGUGUGCAGUCAACGACUUCUCGCUGACCAUAACAUCGUCCGUACCACAGCAGCAUGCAUGGCGCGUUCUCAGAGGCUAGCUCAUCCGUCGCAAGUCACAGCGAAUAGCGACGUGGGCGAAGACCCUACCAGUGACAAGCCGCACGACGAUCGCAUCCCCGCCAACAAUGACAACCACGACCAUAGUGCCGGCAAUAAAGCUCCGCCGUUGUGGACUCCUGAAGAGGAUCGUUUCAUGCUGGCAUCGAUGAAGGAAUUCGAUGCCGAUCCUGCUCUGGUUCCGUGGAGUACCGAGAAGAAGGUCGCGGCGUGCAUUCAGCGCUUGAAAGAUGAAUUUGGGACCGACCGCACCAGCAACGCCGUCAAGGUUCGAUACUACCGCAAGCUUCGUCGCGAGAAGGAGGAAAGAGCCAAGGUGCAGGAGCAGGCUGAGGUUGAAGCUGAGUCGGAGUCAAAGCAAGACCCUACCGCUACUGGUUCCUUUGCUAGCCCUCCCCAGCCAUCAAUCGCCGGCAAAUCGCUGGACGCUGUGAUCAACAGAAAGAGAGAGUCGGAUGCCGAUGAGGACGGUGAGGAGCUCCAAGUUUCCAAGCCUUUGAGUCGUGCAAAGCGCACCCGAGUGACCAAGACGGCUAGGUCGAGACUCAUCGAAGAGUUGUUCGGAGACGAAGAAUAA